AACAUAAAAAGAAAACUGCUCACUAGCGUUACUGGUAAUUGUGGGAAAUUAUGCAUUUUGGAAACAGCUCUGAUCUGUCAUUAACGAGUAUCGCUGGCACAAAACUAAAAGCAGGUUAGUAACUCAGCCAGCAGAAAAAAUGAAGUUCGUAUGUGGAUCAAGUUAACGUAGACUCACUGUAUUCCGGACACUUUCGACGCAACACUUUUCACAUUUCAUCCAGUGGAAAGCCUAGCGAGAGACGGUACCAUGUUGGGCAGGGUGCUCCUGAGCAGAGGCAUCAAUGCCCACCGCAUCUGUAAGAAUGUGACCUUCUACAUUAAUGAAUCGGCAUCUCCAGUCUCAAGAUGUCAGACCAAAGCCUCUGAAGACCAUACACCCCUUAUGCUGAUACUGCCGUGGUUGGGUUCGCGUCCUCAAGCAGUGGCCAAAUAUUGUGAAAUCUACUUCCGCACUGGCUUUGAUGUGCUUGUAGUGGAGAGUGAGGUGCAAGAUUUCCUGUGGCCUCGCUGGGGUCUGGAUAAGGGAAAGUGGUUGCUAGAGUUGCUCCAGAGUGAACGCUUUGUGUCCCGCCCACUGCUUGUCCAUGCCUUCUCUAUCGGUGGCUACACAUUUGCUCAGCUGCUGGUACAUGUGUCCCAGGACACACAGAAAUAUCAGGCGCUCACACAGAGGAUCAAAGGCCAAGUUUACGAUAGCCUGGUGGUGGGCUCUGUGGAUACAAUGACCAUAGGUCUAUCUAAGACUGUAUUUCCAAAUUGGGAGAGACUGGUAAAACAAGUAAGCCAGUUGUACUUUGGUAUGUUCAGACGCCAGACGGUGGAUUACUAUAACAAAGGCUUUAAUGUGUUUUUGAACAAUCCCAUCACCGCUCCUGCACUGUUCUUCUUUUGCGAGAAUGAUGCAUUGAGCGACCCACAAGCCAUGAAGGAGUUGAUUGAUCACUGGCAGAAGCGUGGGAUGGACAUCACAGCGAAGAAGUGGGAGGACUCUACACAUGCAGGUCACCUUAAGAGACACCAACAAGAGUAUCUGACCACCCUACACAUGUUCCUCCACUCACUUCACUUUUCCCCUCUAAAGGCCAAGAUGUAAGAUCAUUUUUAGUGCUGUCAGUUAAACGCGCCAUUAACCGCGUUUAACACAAACCCAUUUUAACAGCGUAAAUUUUCUUUUACUGCGAGUUUAACGUUCUUUUUGGCCUAGCAAACUUUUUUAGUUUUUUGUCACAUGCUGUUUCAACAACUAGUAAGGUUAGAAAAACUACAACACCACACCGGAUCUAGUUAGACAGAAACAAAACAGCAGGCACACUGCACACACCUAUUUGGGCUUGCAAGAGUAGCAACGUUACGUUUUGAGUGAGAUGACGAAAUGGUUGCCAAUAAGAUUUUGGAUCGGACGUUUACUUUUUAAAAGUUUCCAAAAUGUUCCAUUUGACGAGACCUGAGUGAUCUUUGUGUUUUGUCGUUGUGAACUGCGCUAAAUACCAGAAAUACCACUUGAUGGCCAAGCACACAGCUGCCCCGAAUUCCCCGCUCCUUCGUCAGGUUUUUUUUUUUUCCCAUCCUUUUUUUUUCUUUCUUCAUCCUUCUUUGUGUUACAUUGUGUGAGAGAUUAUUUGCUCCAAGUGAGAAUGACUGCUCAAAGUGAGAAUACUACGUGUGAAAUUGAACACUACAUUGGACUUUAUAACAAUGUUGUUUUCAGUUUAAAAAAAAAAAAAAAAAAACUUGAAUUGCGAGUUAACUAUGGCAAUACAAUUAAUCGCGAUGAAAUAACAACACAAAGCCAUAUUCACUUGACUUUGCUUGUUUUCUGUUUUGGGUGAAAUACAUUUAUUUAAUUUAACAUCGGAAAAUUACAGGUCAUCCAGGAUUUUAUAUCUUUAAUGCAUACUUGAAGUUUAGUUAACUGACUGGUUUUGUCGGACUUGAUUGACAAGUAUAAUUGUGUGUCAUCCGCAUAACAGUGAAAGUUAAUUGAGUGUUUGCUAAUAAUAUUGCCGAGAGGAAGCAUA